ACCUCAUUUAUGACAAAAUUUAAAACAAAAAUAUACAGUUCAACUAAAAUUGAAACAAAAUAUAUCCCUGAAGAGUGAAGAGAGCAAGUAAACUGCUAUCUAGUGUACAUGAAGAGGCGACGAUAGAUUGGCUGGCACGUGGCCUUCCCUCGGCCUUUUUCCCCUAAGCUUAGCUGUGAAAUUUCCUCAUUCAUUUCUAUUAAUUAAUGAUUUGUUUCCCUUUAAUUUUCAGAAUUCAUUAAUUAUCAUCGCACUUUUCUACUCCCGUUAGUCUUUUGUUCCUGGGAAAUCCGGACAGCUUGUCAUUUUCAAAUAUGGAGAAUGUAAAUGCAGAAGAGAUGUCAGAAUCUGCUUCAUUGCCUGUAGAUAUGGACCAUAAUUCUGGUGAAGGUCAAACAAUUUCGAUUAGUAAUGGGAGAAAACAACCUGAAAGUCAUUUGCCAAUAAUGGAAAGUUCUGAAUCAGACUCUUUAAAAAAUGCUUCUGAUGACCAAAUUAGAGGACAAGAAGACUGUAGAAAAGAUGGUGCAGGUUCAACUUCAUCAGUUAAAAUAGAUCAAACUGAGACAGAUCAUCAAGGUAGACAGAUGGAAAAUUCUAGGACUGGGAGAAUGCAGGACAGUUCUGAUGAGCAGCCAUCUCAAAAUACUGGUUCCCCUGGUGUUGCACAUAUCGAGGACAUAGCUGUUCCUCCUGCUUCCAAUCUAAAAGUUGGAGAUUCUGAAAAUGACCAUGCCACACCUGCCGGAGCUUCUCUUGGAUUUAUGCACGGUGUUUCUGAUAGACAGCAAUCUCAGGAAGCCAAUUCUAUUGUCAGUUCUGUUAAUAAUGAGAGUAGCGUUCUUUCAUCCUCGACCAAAGUCAAUGACUCUAAGGCAGGAGAUCCUAGAAAUGAGGAUCAUGUAGCCAAACUGAAUGAUCUUACUCAACCUCAUCAAAAGAUUAUCAGUUCUACUGCCGAAUCCCCAAAAUCUAUUAGCCCUACACACAAAAAGCAAGUUGAUUUAAAUAAAGGACUCAUUGAUACAGCAGCGCCUUUCGAAUCUGUUAAAGAAGCUGUUUCCAUGUUUGGGGGAAUUGUUGAUUGGAAAGCUCAUAGAAUGCAAACUUUGGAGAGACGCAAGCUUGUGGAGCAAGAGUUUGUGAAAGUCCAGGAGGAAAUGCCUGAAUAUAAGAAACGAUCAGAAGACGCUGAAGAGGGAAAAAUGAAAGUAUUAAAGGAGCUCGACAGCACAAAGAGACUAAUAGAAGAGCUCAAGCUAAACCUGGAGAGAGCACAAACUGAAGAGAAUCAGGCAAAACAAGACUCUGAACUUGCUAAGCUCAGGGUGGAGGAGAUGGAACAAGGGAUUGCUGAUGAGGCUAGUGUUGCGGCAAAGGCACAGCUUGAGGUUGCUAAAGCCAGGCAUGCAGCUGCAGUUUCGGAACUUAAAACUGUUAAAGAAGAGUUAGAAGCAUCAAAAAAGGAAUAUGCUUCUUUGAUGAAUGAGAAAGAUAUCGCUGUUAAGAAAGCUGAAGAGGCUGUUUCUGCUUCAAAAGAGGUUGAGAAGACGGUGGAAGAAUUGACUAUUGAAUUGAUUGCCACAAAGGAGUCCUUAGAGUCUGCACAUGCUGCCCAUUUGGAGGCAGAAGAGAGAAGGAUUGGAGCAGCCAUGGCCAGAGACCAAGAUACGCACCAUUGGGAGAAGGAACUGAAACAGGUUGAAGAGGAGCUCCAGAAACUCAAUCAGCAAAUUCAUUCAGCAAAGGAUCUGAAAUCAAAGCUAGACUCCGCUUCAGCACUGCUACUUGAUCUGAAAGCUGAAUUAGCUGCUUAUAUGGAAUCUAAACUUGAGGAAACUGGUGGACACCGCAAUAACGAUUCACAGGAAUCAGAGAAAAGAACUCACACUGAUGUACAAGCUGUCAUUGCUUCAUUGAAGAAGGAACUUGAAGACGUGAAGGUCGAUAUAGGAAAAGCAAUUGUAGAAGUUGAUUGUUUGAAGGUGGCUGCUAUUUCAUUAAAAUCAGAGCUUGACAAGGAAAAGUCUGCGCUUGCCAACAUUAAGCAGAGAGAAGGCAUGGCUUUGAUUGCUGUUGCUUCUCUGGAAGCUGAGCUGGACAAGACUCGGUCAGAAAUAGCAGUAGUCCAGAUGAAGGAAAAAGAGGCCAGAGAAGAAAUGGUGGAGCUGCCCAAACAACUGCAGCAGGCAGCACAAGUGGCUGAUGAGGCCAAGUCACUUGCUGAAAUGGCUUGUGAAGAGCUGCGCAAAGCAAAGGAAGAAGCAGCGCAAGCAAAGGCUGGAGCAAGUACCAUGCAGAGCCGAUUACUUGCAGCUCAAAAGGAGAUAGAGGCUGCCAAGGCUUCAGAGAAGUUAGCAUUAGCUGCAAUCAAAGCGUUGCAAGAGAGUGAAUCAGCUAAAAGCACCAAUGAUGUUGAUUCACUAGCUGGUGUAACGCUUUCCUUAGAGGAGUACUAUGAACUCAGUAAAUUAGCAAACGAGGCAGAGGAACAGGCCAACAUGAGGGUGGCAUCUGCCAUUUCGCAAAUUGAGAUAGCUAAGCAGUCUGAGUCAAGAAGCUUGGAAAAGCUAGAAGAAGUAACUCGAGAGAUGGCCGAAAGAAAGGAAGCACUAAAAAUUGCAAUGGAGAAGGCUGAGAAGGCCAAGGAAGGGAAGUUAGGUAUUGAGCAGGAGUUGAGAAGGUGGAGGGCUGAACAUGAGCAGCGGCGAAAGGAUACUGAAUUGAGUCAUGGAGAAAAAGCUCCAAGGGCAAGUACUGAGGGAAAGAAAGAAAUGAAGAACUUCGAACCUGUACAGGCUGCUCCUCUCAACACUGUAGCAAGCCCAAAGGCAUAUGAUCAUGGGCAUAACACAGAAACUGAAUCAUCCCCAGAACCGAAGGUUGUAAAGAAAAGGAAAAAGUCUUUGUUCCUCAAGGUUUUAAUGUUUUUGUCCAGGAAGAAGUUAAGUUCAUCCAAGUCCCACAUAAGUCAUCAAUGAAGUGUUGUGUGAUCUUUUGUUGUGAUUUUACCUCCCUUUUUCCUUGUUUAUCAGUGUCCAUAAAUAUUUUAUAAGAUUUGACAGAUUUUUACUCGUUUGAGUGUAAAUUCUAGUGAGUUAUUUGAUGUAUGAUAAAGUUGAGAACAUAUUUUGCAUACUGGAAGAAGUUGAAUGGUUAAGGG